GUGGCGUAAGAUCGCCGUAUAAAUCAUGGUGCGUGUUUGGUUCUGCUGGACCCUGCUUGGAGUGCUCGUGAGCGGUCAGAUCAGUGAUCUUCGUUACACAGAGACGAGCAAUGAUAACCUGUCAGAGGCGAUUCAGUUUUUGCGUGAGUUUGAUCGUGAAGCAGCUGAAAUGUGCAAUCGUGUAGCAAAUGCGGAAUGGCGCUUCUCAACCAAUGGGACGGAAUUUAACAAGCGCCGCAUGCGUGAACAGCAUAACCUAGCGUCGAAGUUGGAAUGUAUCAGUUGGCGCAGGGCAGUGUCGUUCGACUCGUCACGCAUCGCUGAUACCAGCAUACGGCGUCAGCUGGGACGGAUUGUGCAGCAGGGCCGAUGUGGUUUAGGUGAUGGCAAGUAUGCGGAACUGCAGCAUGUACUGAUGCUACUGAAGGACAACUACAACGGAGCUAAAGUUUGUCCUUUUCGACGGGUCGGAUCGGAAGCUACCGAUUUGGGGACUUUCUCGUCUGCGGCUGGUGCUGGAUAUCCGAGUUCGAACUACGUGUCAGCCUUUACCGGGUACUGUGAUCUAAAGAUUAGUCCCGAUUUGAUGCGCAUCAUGGAGACGAGCCGAUCAGAACCGGAGCUCCGAUACUACUGGGUAGCGUGGAGGGAAAAGACAGGACCUCCGGUGAAAAAUACUUUCAUGCGUUACCUCAACCUAGCGAACCAGGCAGCGGAACAGCACGGGUUUCACGAUGCAGGUGAGCAGAUGCGUUCGGUGUACGAGGAUGGUGACUUUUUCUUCACUGUGAACGAUCUUUGGGGUCAGUUGCAACCACUGUACAAGCAGUUGUUUACGUACGUAAGAAAGGGACUGGUUCGUCACUACGGAGAGCACGUGGUCCGACGGGAUGGUCCACUACCGGCCCAUUUGCUCGGUAAUAUGUGGGCCCAAAAUUGGCGCCAUAUAAUCGACAUCAUUAAGCCAGGUUCUCCCGAAACACCGGACGUAUCCGGUGAGAUGGUCCGGCAAGGUUACACACCGAUGAAGAUAUUUCAAACGGCCGAAGAAUUCUUCACCUCCAUUGGACUUUCGCCGAUGGCACCGGAAUUCUGGCGCAACUCGGUGCUCCAGAAAACUCCCGACGGCCAACAGUGCAGUGCUUCUGCGUGGGAUUUUUGCAAUAAGGUGGACUUUCGCAUCAAACAGUGCACGCAGGUUACGCUGGACGAUUUCAUUGGGGCGCAUCACGAGAUGACUCACAUUCAGUACUACAUGCAGUACGCGAAUCAACCGUUCUUGUAUCGGGAGGGUCCUAAUCCGGCGUUUCAUGAAGCACUGGCUAAUGCUAUUACGUUGAGUGUUGGUGGUCCGGCUCAUCUUCAGAAGAUCGGUCUGUUGAACAGUCCAGUAACGGUUACGAAUGGAAAUUCGAUCGUUAACAUCGAAUAUCUGCUAAACUUGGCGCUGGAUAAGCUACCGUUCAUGGCGUUCAGUUUGGCACUGGAAAAGUGGCGUUGGUACGUUUUCGAGAAGGGCCCAGUAGGGAUGAAUGCACGCUGGUGGGAAUUACGUCUUCGCUACCAAGGAGUGAUUCCUCCAACAGGUCGAGGUUUCGAACAUUUCGAUGCCGGCGCUAAAUACCACGUAAUAUCGGACCAGGAUUACAUCAAAUACUUUGUGGCCACGGUGCUUCAGUUUCAGAUCUAUUCCGAGCUGUGUCAGGCGGCACAACAUUACGGUCCACUGCAUACAUGUGACAUCUAUCGAUCGCGUGAAGCUGGUCGGAUUUUAAGUGACGUCAUGCAACAAGGCGCAUCCUUAUCAUCAGCACAGUUGAUCAAGCUGCUUACGCGUGGCAAAACUUCCCGUAUUUCCGUUGAUCCACUGUUGGAGUUUUUCCGACCACUAGAAGCAUGGCUUGAGGUUCAAAAUCGUGAAGAGCAGAUUAUAGGCUGGAGCUCAACGAUGGAAGAUGUUGCGCUCUUCCAGCCUUUAUUGGGAAGAAAUGGACAGACCGUCAAAACGCCAAACAUUGCAUUACUUAGCCUGUUGGCAGGAUUUACAAUUUGGCGAUUUGCUUUACAUAUUAGUAUGGUAACAUAA